GCUGUAGACCAAACUCUGUGCUGUGUACCUUAGCACGAAGGUUGCGACGAGCUGGGAGGUUCACACGUUCAAAGGCACAGCCAAGCCAGACGACCGCGACUGAUAAGCAAACCAAAGCAUCAGAUGCCCCCCAGGCUUUCCUCCCUCAAGAGCCUCGCCAACGGCGGCGAGGCUCCGGUGCACUCCCCCACCGGCUCAAGAAGACGCCCCAGGCGACCAGCAUCCGGCACAUCCCUCCACCUCUCCGACUCCCAGCAGAAGGGCAGCAGGCCGUCGGUGCAGUGGCUGUUCCUGAGCGCGGCGGACCUCCUCGCCAAGACCACCACCAAGUGCGCACUCCUCACGUGCGCUUCUGGGAUGGCCUGGGCGUCUCUGAUCGUAUGGAUCCUCGGCCCAGCAGUGUCCAGCCCGGAUACGACAAAUCCCGUUGAUCAGCAUCAGCAGCAGGAGGUCCCAACGUUGUCCCCAGCGGGAGGCUCCUUUCCGAUCGUAGACGAGGGCUCCCUGUUACCAGGGUGGACGCCGUUAGGCCACCACUCGAGGUUCAUGGGCCGAGAGACCUUUCCGGAGCAGUUCGAGCACUGGGGGGAGGACCGGGAGGUCGUGAUACACAGCAUGGAUGUGGGCCCGUUGACCGACAAGGGCGAUCAGGUGUUGCCGAGGACGGACCUCUUGCUGGCCAUCCUGUCUGGGGAUGACAAGGCAGCGAGAUUAAAGCGCGACACCAUCCGCGAACUGUACGAUAAGUACGACGGCUGGGUCACCGUCGGAGGCAAGCGAUCAAAGGAACAAAACGAGGAAACCGUAGAGAUGGGGUUUCAGGUGAUUUUCGUGGUGACAAGGUCUACCGCUCCUCCGGACGGAGAGCUUGUGGGGGACGUGCUUUAUGUGAACGCCCCCGAUGGUUAUCGCAACAUCGUGUACAAGGUCAAGCACAUGAUGGGACUGGUGCGACAUAUCGACUUCAAGUUCUUGCUGAAGGCAGAUGACGACACCUUCGUGUGUGUGGAGAGACUGGCCAACUUCCUGCACAAUCAGCCGGAAGAAUCUAAGGACAAGAUUUACGCCGGUGUUCCAACAGCGUGCAACUCUCCGGCUAACCCCAGCGUAAAAGUUGGGCGUGUGAUAAAGGAUCACAAGGAUAAGUGGUACGACCAGAAGUUUGUCCACCAUACGCUGGCGGGGCUUGACUGCUACCCGGGAGCGUUCUACGUCCUGGCGCAGCCACUAGUAGAGCACUUGUACAGAGGGCGGGAGCACUACGAUACCUUCAUCAACGAAGAUGUCACCGUCGGCUCUUGGCUUUUGGGGGUGGACCGAGCACUAGGAACGAUACACGAUUUUGAGUCAUCAAGAUUGUGGAACUGCGUGUGCGGCUCCAAUUUCGUCUUGAGGCCGGCCGUGCGGAAGGACCAGGCAAGGUGUUCUUUCACGACUGUAAGGAAACAAGCGAGCUCCGUCAGUGCUCUGAACGUCUCGUCAGGGCGCACCUCCACUGCUGACAGCUGAUUGGUCGAAGUCCACAUGUCCAUGUUUGGUUCUGUUGCUGACUGCUGGUUGGUCAAAAUCCACAUGGCACCUUCGGUCCCGCGUUUGCGGCAGCGUUCUUGAGAUUGCUGUUGUGCCCGAUUCACGCUGGUGAUUAUUUUUACUUCCAAUGCUGACAGACGAUUGGUUGAAAUGAGCAUUACGUUGGCUCUUGUUUUUACGCCGCGUCCUGUGAGGGUUGCCGUGCGAACUUGCUUAACGCAGGCGGUGAAAUGUGUCUUUGCUGGUAAUGGUGGUCGGCUAGCAUCAUCUUGGUGCUACUUGUAGGCCACUGGGUGGCGAGGAGUGCUUCGAAAGAAGCGCUCAUGCGGGCUGUGAAGCACGUUCUGAACUUGUAGCUUCUGCAUCGAUAUUUAGCGUUCAACUCAAGAGGCUGCGUCUCUGAGGACUUGAGGCUUUCGUGCGGCCUUUCCAUGUGGUGCGGUUGAGCGCCGCGUGAACAGUAACUGAUGUUGCACCGCCUUUGUGUGUGGUGUUUUUUUUCGCCCUCAGGUGUAGGGGUGCAAACAGAACACGAGAAAUUUGCCGCAGAGGUAUUAUAUUGGAUUGUCGGGUGCAUGACGGAUGUACCAAGCGUUGUGCUGCUUCGAUGUUGCUGUUGGGUGUUCUUUGGUCACACCGUUGUUGCUAUCAUCGUCUUAUCUUGCCGCAUGCUGUGUUGUGCACAGUUUCGGUCCGUGGGCAUGCUGGAGUCUGUUGAAUGGUACGUUUUAGAAAAUAUGCAUGAUAUGAAAGGAAGACUACCCGUCUGAGAUAAUGCAGUCGACGUCUUUCAAGUUUCGCAAACGUUUCACGCCUAGGGUGAGUUUCUUGCCAAUGCGGGUAUGCAUGCGUGACGCCACAGGAACCAUUUCCACAGGAGCAAACAAAAGUUACAGAAGAUAUUCAGGUCGGGCCACAACAGGCACCGCUUUGUUUCUGGGUUGAGGGGGGCACAUGAAAUAUUUAAUUGUUUGACGUUUGAUGUCAGGAGCUGUCACCCGUGACGGCUCACUUGCAUGAUAUGUGCUCUCACACGGCUUGGUUGUGCCGAAAGGUUUACUUCUUUGGUACUAGGUGAUUGGACGUGGGGGGGGACUUGUAGGCAGUCUUUGGGCAGCGUCGUAGCAGUAUGUUCUUGGCUAUCUUCGGCAAACUAGAGUCACGCAACGAGUUGCAUUUGUAGAGUUUGUGUGUAUUGAGCCACCGCCGCCUGCCGUGAUGGCGUUGGUGGGGAGGCGAUGGGGGAUGCGUAUCGUGGGAACACAAGAAGUGACCCCACGUUAUAGAAAACGUUGCUCGGCGUGCAUCUACCGGAUGAGAGGUCAGCCCAGGCAGGACAGUGGAAGUUAAACUUUUCAUUCGAUGUUGGUUUGACCCUGUUGAGAGCUCAACUGGUUCCUCUGCGUGCGAUGCAUGCGUGUAUUUGCGAAGCAUGUACUCCUUGGAUCCGAGUCC